UCCGGCUCCUCGUGCCUAGGGAGCAUGUGACGAGUCCCUGCGCGUGCCCGGGGCCGUUAGGAGGCGGUUUACCGGUGUACCUCAAAGGGAAGGUGCCGGGGCCGGAUGGAUAGGAAGAGACAUUGGCUGUAGAAAAGAUCCGCCUGACUCCGGCAUAAGAGAAAGGAGGAGGAGGAGAAGCACCAUGGAUAAAAGAAGCGUCCCUCCCGCCAGUACCGUUGGCCCUGCCGGCCGAGGCGGGAAGGCCCCGGCGAUGCCGACGCAGGCGUCCGGGGCCCCCGGGGCCCAAGCGAAGAGAGAGCGGAGGCCCAGCAUGUUUGAGAAGGAGUCAUAUGCACAAAUCUUACGGGAAAGACUCAGAGAAUCUAUACAUGAUGUUCUAUAUGUUGAACCUCCGUUUGAUGAAUCGAUUGCUGAUAUAGGUAAAGACCAAUGGAAGACCAUGGGAAAAGUAAAAUAUGCUAACACAUAUAGAAUGGCACCAUACAGGAAAUUCCAAGCCCAGACAGUACAAAAGAAAGUUCAACAGAUACUAACGGACAAACUGAAGAACCUCAAGUAUGAUGAAGACACGUUUUCUUCCUUGUCACUUGAACUGGCAGAUCGUAUAUUAGCAGCUGUCAAAGAAUUUGGUUUUUCUCGAUAUAAAUACAUUAUAAAAAUAAUACUCAUUCAAAAAACUGGUCAGUCAAUAAAUAUUUCUAGCAGAUGGAUCUGGGAUGUUGCUUGGGACACCUGGCUAGAAGCUAAGCAUGAAACUGAAUCUUAUAUUGCAUUGGCCCUGGUAUAUGCACUUUAUUGUGAAUAG